AGGCAUCUGUAAGGACAGCACAGCUAGGACCAUGACGAACCGUGGUCCUUCAGGCGUCCUCGUUGCAUAGAAACGAAAACAGUCAGAGAAAUCAUGGAGCAUCUACAAACUUUUGAUCUGAUCACCUAGCUAGCGUUAGAUUAAUGUAGAGAACCAACAGACCUUUCUUUGUGAUAGACGAACGUAACAUACCAGCCAGCCAGCGACAUUUGGAUAAGUACCAAACAAACGCUAUCACCUCUAACGUUACUUCAACGGCGCUAGCCGACUGUUAGCAGUCGUUGUUUCUCCUUUCGGUUGCAUUGUGAAGGUAGCUAACGGUAACGAUACAGGUCUCUUAAGAGACUUUGAAAAGACCAAUGUAAUCUGUACUAUUCUCAUCUUUAGCUAGCGUCAGUUGUGUCGAUGUGUGGACCGACGUACUAGUGAGCGAUAUCAAGCCGAACCACACGAUGUUAACCUCAGCUAACGUUGACCCAUGGAGAGCUAGCUAACGCUCGUUACCGUCCAUAGCUACCCUUCGAAUGCCAGCGCCUGCACGAGCUGAAGUUAUUUAUUCAGGUGUUUGUCAAUGUAGCUAGGAAAGCGUCGACUAAUACAAUAAUUCCAGUCAAAGCGAUAGAAAGUUCAGAAAGAUAGUAAAAUGGCUGGCGACGUUGGCAGCAUCCCUGAACUGGACCAAAAGAAGUACGAUUCAGACGAGCAGGUGAAGAUCAUCUGUUUGGGAGACAGCGCAGUUGGUAAAUCUAAGCUGAUGGAGAGGUUUCUCAUGGAUGAAUAUCGUCCCCAGCAGUUGUCCACCUAUGCUUUGACUCUCUACAAACACACAGCCACUGUAGGAAACAAGACAGUAGCUAUAGAUUUCUGGGACACCGCUGGUCAGGAGAGAUUUCAGAGCAUGCAUCCCUCAUACUACCACAAAGCACAUGCAUGCAUCAUGGUUUUUGAUGUUCAAAGGAAGAUCACGUAUAAGAAUCUGGCCAGCUGGUAUAAGGAGCUGAGAGAGUAUAGACCAGAGAUACCCUGCUGUGUGGUGGCCAACAAAAUUGAUGCUGAUUCGAAGGUGACACAAAGAAGCUUUAGCUUUGGAAAGAAGCAAGGACUGCCGUUCUACUUCGUAUCAGCGGCUGAUGGGACUAAUGUUGUUAAGAUGUUCAGAGAGAUGAUCAAGAGAGCACUGGACUACAAGCAAAACCCCAGCGACUUCAUGGACGAAGUGAUGCAAGAAUUAGAGAACUUUGACCUGGAGAAGAAGGAAAAUAAUUCAGAUGAGGAUGGAUUGAAAGCAGGAAGUCCCGGGUUGGUCUGAAAGAUGUUUACAGAUCCUCCAAACCCUCUGGUCAUCUCAUGGAUAGGUUAUCCUCCUCUGGGGUUGAUGCUCAACACACCUUUUGUACUUUUGGUGGUCUGCAUUUAUACCAUUGGUUUGUAAGUCUCUCACUGGAGGUCGGCAGACAGUCUUUUAGUCAGGUUUGACGUCACUGCCCUCCAUCCCUCCAGUGACAUUGGUAGUGAAAUAAACAUGAUUGAAUAAUUAGGAAUUGUGUUGUUUACCAGGUUCAUUUAGCCACCGUACUUAUCAACAAUAUAUACUAUAAUAAUAGUAGAACAUCCUACAAUGAGACUGAAUGUCUUUUAUUUUGUAAUAAGAAUGUGAGGCAUUGGAAACUAACUCACACAGAGCAAAGAACAUGUGAUGGACCGUAUUUGCUGCUGUUCUCGAUGUAUUUGUGUAGUAUUGUGUGCAGAGCCAGCUUCUGUUG